CCCGCCUUCCGGAAGGAAGCGCCGGUGGCUGACCAUGGCGACGGCGGCGGAGCAGUGGGUUCUGGUGGAGAUGGUCCAGGCGCUCUACGAGGCUCCUGCUUACCACCUUAUUUUGGAAGGCAUUCUAAUUCUCUGGAUAAUCAGACUUCUGUUCUCUAAAACGUACAAAUUACAAGAACGAUCUGAUCUUACAGUCAAGGAAAAGGAAGAAUUGAUUGAAGAGUGGCAGCCGGAACCUCUCGUUCCUCCUGUCUCGAAAGACCAUCCUGCUCUCAACUACAACAUCGUUUCAGGCCCCCCAAGCCACAACAUUGUGGUGAAUGGAAAGAAAUGCGUCAACUUCGCCUCCUUUAAUUUCCUGGGAUUGUUGGAUAAUGCUCGGGUCAAGGCGGCAGCUUUGGCGUCUCUGAAGAAGUACGGCGUGGGGACUUGCGGACCUAGAGGGUUCUACGGCACGUUUGAUGUGCACUUGGACUUGGAGGACCGCCUGGCAAAGUUCAUGAAGACAGAAGAAGCCAUCAUCUACUCCUACGGGUUUGCCACCAUAGCCAGUGCAAUCCCUGCUUACUCCAAGAGAGGCGACAUCGUGUUUGUAGACAGAGCGGCCGGCUUUGCCAUUCAGAAGGGCCUGCAGGCCUCGCGGAGCGACAUCAAGUGGUUUCGGCACAACGACGUGGCCGACCUGGAGCGCCUGCUGCGGGAGCAGGAGGCCGAAGACCUCAAGAAUCCUCGCAAGGCUCGGGUGACCCGGCGUUUCAUCGUGGUGGAAGGGCUGUACAUGAACACCGGGACUGUCUGUCCUCUCCCGGAGCUGGUUAAACUAAAAUACAAGUACAAAGCAAGAAUCUUUCUGGAGGAAAGCCUUUCGUUCGGAGUCCUGGGGGAGCACGGCCGAGGUGUCACCGAGCAUUUCGGGAUCAGUAUCGAUGAUAUCGACCUCAUCAGCGCCAACAUGGAGAAUUCCCUCGCGUCUGUCGGAGGUUUCUGCUGCGGCAGGUCGUUCGUGAUCGACCACCAGCGACUUUCUGGCCAGGGGUACUGCUUUUCAGCCUCACUCCCGCCGCUGUUGGCUGCCGCUGCGAUCGAGGCUCUCAAUAUCAUGGAGGAGAAUCCAGGUAUUUUUUUAGUUUUGAAGGAAAAGUGCGAACGAAUUCAUAAAGCUUUACAAGGCAUUUCUGGGUUGAAAGUGGUGGGGGAGUCCCUUUCUCCGGCGUUUCACCUACAGCUAACAGACAGCACCGGGGCUCGAGAGAAAGACGUCACACUGCUUCAGGAGAUUGUAAAUCAUUGCAUGAACAGAGGCAUCGCGCUAACCCAGGCGCGCUACCUGGAGAAGGAAGAGAAGUGCCUCCCCCCGCCAAGCAUUAGGGUUGUGGUCACGGUGGAGCAGACGGACGAGGAGCUGGAGAGAGCCGCGCGCAUCAUCAAGGAGGCGGCCCAGGCCGUGCUGCUCUAGGCCGGGGCCUCGGGCCCGCUGGGUGGCCGCCUCAUGCACACGCACGGGCCUCCACGUCCUGCCUUGUGACCUGGGCGGGGCCUGCGGGGGCCUGUGGGGACCUGUGGGGGUGGCCGCCGGCUGCGUGGGUGCGGACUUGCCACCAACCGGAGAGGAUGCUGGCUGGCUUUAGAAAGGAAACACAUUUAAAGCCCAGGAGCUGGUUUGUUUUAAGAAGAGAAGUGAUGGCCGCAGAUGACCAGGUGUUCUACUGUACUGGCAUCUUCUGUUCUUCCUUGUUGCUCAAGGGUGGAGCCUCCUCCAGUAGCAGGCGCGCACUCCUUAGUGUUUCCUGGAAUUACGUCUCUGCCGCACUCCGGCUGGGGUACAGCCCCCUUCUCGAGGGUCUGCCUCGGCCACAUCUGACUCAGCCCUCGUCCUGCACAGCUCAGCGGCGGCCGAUGUAUGAGGAAACACUUCCGUGUGACUAUGACAGACUCUCUGUUGUAAUAUAUUUGAAUCCCAGAAUUUUUACAUACACUAAAUUUUGAUGUUACACCAUUUCUAAUAGCUAAUCUUACCCUAACCAGGGAGGGAGUAGUCACUGUAUUUCUUAAGUGAUCAGUAAUUUAAGUCGAGGACUGCUUUAUUUUAAUAAAAUUGACCUUCACAUUUAUUGUGUGUUGAUUUCUAAUCUGUUUUAGGAAGAGGGUCACUGUGAUGUUCCCAGAAUAGAAAUCGUGUCCUUGAUAUUUUAGGAUAUCCUGAAUGUAGUCCUUUUUUGUGGAGUGGGUUUGCCUGAGGACCUGUAAACUACAGCCUUUCUGAAAGUGAAGGAAAUUUACUUUUCCUGUUAGGUUACAGAAUUCAAAUAGCUGAAAAUGUGAACGCACUAAACAUAACAUUUUUAAGCUGUUCUUUAGCGAUCUGUUUCUUCUUUAGCAAACCAGGUUUGGUCAACGUUUGUGCCAGGUGCCACGGGGUAGUGCGUAAAUACUACAGCAUUGUUUCUUGCCUUAGUAAAGGUAAAGGAAUAAAAUUGUUUAAAAAAGUGUAUAAGAAUGCCAUUUUUAUAGCGUGUGUUCAUAUUAACAAAUGGUCUUCAGCGUCUGUUUGAAUAACCUAUUUCUUAAUGUUUGGCUUCUGUUUUGCUGGAGGUAUUUCGUACAUACGUGCCUUGUGCUUGCUGCCGCUCUAAAGGAUACGGGACUCUCUUUGGGGGAUGAAACUUUUGCUUUAUUUUUUAAUGAAAUAAACCUACAUUCCUAAUAA